UUUGCUCAGUGGAAGGUGGGGGUCAGGGAGGUGCACGUGCUCCUGACCCGCGCUGCUUCCUCUAAUCCCCCAGUCUGAGCCACCACCGACCAGCACCGGGUGUCUGCCUCAGCCUCUCGCAGCCUGGCUUCCAGCCUAACCCCACACCAGGACCCUUUAGCCAGAGACAGGACUGUCCCGGCUCUGCACCCACCCAACACUGAAGAGCAUGGGUGGUAUCCUCACUUCUUCCUUCUACGGGGAGGGAAGUGCCCAGCCUCAGUCCUUAGCAGGGUGUUUCAUCUGUCUGCUCCACUGUCCCUGCUGUGCUCUGGCAGCAUCUGUGUCAUCACCUCUAUGGGGCUGGGAUCAGCUUUUGGUGAGAGGGAAUGGCUCCACUGUGCCAGCAUGAGGGGAGAGUGAGCACUGUGCUUUGCUCUGCAUUGGUGGUGGUGACAGCUGUGGCCCUGGCAUGGACACAACUGCCAUGCACAGCAGCAGGGACCUGGCUGAGCCUGGGCUGCCUGGCUCAACCCCAGGGCCUGGGCCUUAGCAUGGGUCAGAGCUGGGUACUGUGUGCACCUCAAGAGCUGGGAGAUGUCAUGAUCCCUUGCAGUCCCCAGGAGAUGGGCUGGUGGCAUCCUUCCAGUUGCAUCCAUGGGCCAUAGCCCUGCCCUGCGCUCAUGUGAGAUGUCACCUCUCCCUGACUGCAGACACCGGAGGGGAACGCAGCAGCAGCCUGUUCCUGUGUGGGUUUCCAUGUGCCUCAUGGACACAGAAGGUGCUGUGUCAACCCUGUCCCUUGGGAGAGGGGAUCUCAGGACACUGACACAACAGCGAGGUGUCCUCCCCUACCCCUCUUUCUGGCAUCCUCUUCCCGUGUUGUCUCCCUGGGAAAACAAGCUCAAUCCAGCCCAGCCCAGCACGUCUGCGAAAACAGCCCUUUGCCCUGAGCACUCCCCACCUGUCCCUGGGGUCCCUGCAGGUGUGGAGCUAGGGACCCCCAGGUACUCGUACAGCCCUGGGGACACCGAGUGCCCCAGGGCCACCUCACUCCCCAGGGAUGGGCUGGAGGUCCUCCCUCACCUUGGGGGGAAGGGAUGGCCCCCGGGGAGGGCUGGGGACACUGGGAGGGCAGGGCCACAAGAGAUGUCCCUGAAUGUUAUCAGCCCAUCGUCUCACCCCACAGCAGGGGCUCAGCCCUCCGGCGGGACAGGGCAGGGCAUAAAGGGCUGUGUGCCCCCCCCCAUCCCUGCACACAGGCGGCCAUCAGGGAGGAACGUGGGCUGGGCAGCAUGGGAUGGCUGCUCUCUCCCAGGAUCUGCUUCCUCCUUCUUUUCCUCACCCCACUCACUGCCACUGCGACAUCAGGUGAGAGCUCAAUGGGGGACAUGGUGGGGUGGGAGCACUGAAGCUGCUUGGGGGCCCUGCACACCCCCAGCUCUGCUCUCACCUCCAGAUGCUGAGAAGACCCCGCACUACUGGAAUGAAGGGGCCAAGAGGAGGCUGGAGGCAGCCCUGGCCUUGCAGCCGGCAGCACAGCGAGCCAAAAACAUCAUCCUGUUUGUGGGUGAUGGCAUGGGGGUGGCCACGAUGUCAGCAGCCCGGAUCUACAAGGGGCAGCUGGCCGGCGGCUCGGGUGAGGAGAGCGUCUUGGCCAUGGAGACGUUUCCCCACGUGGCCCUGGCCAAGACCUACACCAUCGACCGACAGGUGCCCGACAGUGCCGGCACGGGCACGGCUUACCUGUGCGGGGUGAAAGCCAACGCCAAGACAGUGGGGCUGAGCGGGGCGGCCGUCUAUGGCAAAUGCCGCACAGCCUUGGGCAACGAGGUGGACUCCAUCCUGCACCGGGCCAGGCUGGCAGGUAAGUCGGUGGGCAUCGUGACCACCACGCGGGUGCAACACGCGUCCCCUGCUGCCGCCUACGCACACUCGGCCAGCCGCAGCUGGUACACUGAUGCCAACAUGCCCCGGGAGACCCUGAGGGAUGGCUGCAAGGACAUCGCCCACCAGCUGGUGUACAACACUGACAUCAAUGUGAUCCUGGGCGGUGGGAGGGCCUACAUGACCCCCAGGUGGACACGGGACCCUGAGUACCCAGAGGACCCCGCGCAGAACGGCACCAGGAGGGACGGGCGGGAUCUGGUGGCUGAGUGGCUGAGCACCAGGGAGGGAGCACGCUACGUCUGGGACAAGAAGGGCCUGGAUGCGGUUGAUGACAGCUCUGUGAGCCACCUCAUGGGCCUCUUCGAGCCCAAGGACAUGAGGUAUGAGCUGAACCGCAAUGCCACCACGGACCCCUCCAUCGUGGAAAUGACGGAGAAAGCCAUCCGCAUCCUGCGCAGGAACCCCAACGGCUUCUUCCUCUUUGUGGAAGGUGGCAGGAUCGACCAUGGGCACCACAGCGGCCGGGCCAAGCAGGCACUGAUGGAGACUGUCAUGCUGGACCAGGCGGUGGCACGGGCAGGCGAGCUGACGGAGCCCUCCGACACACUGACUGUGGUGACGGCCGACCACUCGCACGUCUUCACCUUCGGGGGCAACACGUUGCGUGGAGCCUCCAUCUUCGGGCUGGCCCCUAAGAAAGCCAAGGACAAGCGAGCCUACACCAGCAUCCUCUAUGGCAAUGGGCCAGGAUACAGCAUCCGUGAUGGGGGCCGCCCGGCCGCCAGCCUCCCUACUGUGGAGGACAAGGACUACAGGCAGCAGGCGGCCGUCCCCCUCGACUUGGAGACCCACAGCGGGGAGGAUGUGGUGGUGCUGGCCCAGGGCCCCAUGGCCCACCUCUUCUACGGGGUGCAGGAGCAGCACUACGUUGCCCAUGCCAUUGCUUACGCCGCAUGCCUCAAGCCCUAUGAUGCCAGGCCUCGCUGUGGGGCAGCCCGCAGGGCCUCCAGCGGCACCCAGCACUCCCCACGGCCCCCACUCACCCUCUUGGCCCUCUGCAUGGCUGCCUUCGUGGUGGUGGGCUGAGAGACCCCACCGAGCCCUGCUUCAGGCCCCUG